AUGAUCAAUCUCAACCAUACCAGUAUUAGCCACACCAUCUUCAUCCUAGUAGGUAUCCCUGGCCUGGAGGAGCAGCACAUGUGGAUUUCUAUUCCCUUCCUGAUAUCCUACCUUACUGCCAUUAUUGGGAAUUCCCUCCUCAUCUAUAUCAUUGUCACUGAGAGAAGCCUCCAUGAGCCCAUGUAUCUCUUUCUGUCCAUGCUGGCAGCUGCUGAUAUUGUUCUCUCCACCACCACUGUACCCAAAUCAUUGUCCAUCUUUUGGUUCAAUGCUAGGGAGAUCUCCCUGGGGUGCAUUACCCAACUGUUCUUCAUUCACUCUACAUAUGUGAUGGAGUCAGGGUUUCUGUUAGUUAUGGCUUUUGAUCGAUACAUUGCAAUCUGCUACCCUCUGAGAUAUAACAUGAUCCUCACCAAUUUAGUCACUGGAAACAUUGGUUUGGCUGUCCUGUUAAGGAGCAUUGGCACCAUUUUUCCUAUAAUAUUCCUUCUGACUAGGCUGACUUUCUGCAAAAAUAACAUUCUUCCUCAUACAUCUUGUGAGCACAUUGGUUUGGCUAAAUAUGCUUGUGCUGACAUCCGUGUGAAUAUAUGGUAUGGUGUGUUUGUCCUGUUAAUAACUAUAGUCUUGGAUAUUAUCCUCAUAGCAACUUCCUAUGGGCUGCUUCUCCGAGCAGUUUUCCGUAUCCCUUCCAGGGAUGCUCGUCACAAAGCUCUCAAUACUUGUGGCUCCCAUGUCUGUGUUAUUGCCCUCUUCUAUGUUCCAGGAAUCUUCACAUUUCUUACCCAACGUUUUGGGCGUCAUAUCCCACCUCAUAUCCAUAUCUUAUUAGCCAAUGUUUGUGCUCUGGCCCCACCCAUGCUUAAUCCCAUUAUCUAUGGGGUCAAGACAAAACAGAUCAGAGACAAAUUGGUCCAUGUGGUUUUUCCAAGACAGAAAUGACUUUGGACAAUGUGUACUAAGAAAAUCAUUUUUCAGAUGCUGUCUAGCCAAGAUCGGUAACAAAGGGAAUGGGAAGAAAUAGGUGGAACAAUAAAAUCUUUAGCAAGAAUUCAUGACUCAGUGGUUUGUGGGGUGAUGGAAUAUAUUAAGUAGAGUUUCUGGAAGGUACUUCUCCAUAGGUCUUUUUAAAAGAAAUAUGAGAUUCUCUCUGAAAUAGACAAUAUGAAUAAAUUCACAUCUCAGUGAUUCUGAGCUUUGCUUAAAAAAAACAUCAUCUAUGUGGAAUAACUCCCCCCCUCCCUGAAAAUUAUAUUGUUUAUAUCUCCGUAACUAUAAUCAUGGUUUCUAAAAACUUCUAUAUAAAAAUGUUAAAUAUCUGAUGAUAUGCAUUCUGGUGAUAAUCCUUUGUUGAAUUUAAACAAAAAUUUGAAG